UCGUAAAUUCAAGCCAACUACUAUAAAAGGGAUAAGAGAGUUAGAACUUUAUGGUUAUAGGGAAUAGAGUGUGGAAAGUGAAAUGGGAAAAUCAAGGGUUAUGUUAAUGGCCAUACUAUUGGUCCUAUUUUUGUUGAAUAGCUUUGAAUUGAAAAUUAUGGCAAGUGCAAAAUUGAGUGAAACAGCAUGUAAAGAAGAGAGAAGAAUUGGUAUAAAUGCUUGUAAACCUGUUUUGUAUGGAAAACUUCCUUCUCCUAUGUGUUGUGAACGUGUUAGGGUUACUCAUAUUGAAUGUGUUUGUUGUGUUAUUACUCCCAAAUUGGCUGCUCUUAUUGAUAUCAAUCGUUUCAUUCGUCUUGUUGAAGGUUGUGGUCGAAGAGUCCCUCGAAAAUUCAAGUGCGGAAGUAUUACCACACCACCCUAAGGAAUAUAGUCAGCUUAAUUGGCUUGCUGCUUGGUGUUUCUUUUCCUACUUUACUUAAUCAAUUUUAAUCCCUCCAAGCUGUUUAUGAUUAAUAAUACUAAUGUAUUAAUAGAUGGUUACUUAAGCAAGUUACCUAAGCCCAUAUGUCUGAAGUGGUUCUUUAGUUAGAAUUAAAUCAAGGAGGAGAAUAGAAUAUGUUUUACGCUAUCAACGUAUUUUCAUCUAUUAUAAUAUAUUUUAAGUGAUCUAA